CAAUACCACGUUGUGAGGAGGAGUUCGCGAUUGUGCAGGUCUUUUUCGAUUGGUAUUUAGCACCAUAGGCUAUUGAAGCAAAUCCAAGAUGCCAGGAGUUACAGUCAAAGACGUUGAUCAAGACAAAAUUGUCAAGGGAGUCGCCCUUUUCUUGAAAAAAUCUGGCAAAUUGAAGGUUCCCGAUCACAUUGACUUGAUCAAAACAGCCAAAUACAAGGAAUUGGCGCCUUAUGAGCCCGAUUGGUUCUACAUUCGUUGCGCCUCGAUCUUGCGUCGCUUGUAUCAUCGCAGUCCCGCUGGUAUUACCCAAAUUACCCGCAUCUAUGGAGGUCGUCAACGCAACGGCGUUCGUCCAUCGCACUUUUGCCGCAGCGACAGCAGUGCCGUGCGCAAGGCCAUCCAAGCCUUGGAGAACGUCAAGAUGAUCGAGAAACAUCCCGAUGGCGGCCGCAAAUUGACCUCACAGGGACAACGUGAUUUGGAUCGUAUCGCCGCUCAAAUCUCUGCCAAGCAAAGACAAGCACUCAAGAAGGAAGUGAUUACUUUGUAAGAUGUCGAGGCAACAAAAAAAAAUUGUGUAAAGAAUAAAAAAAAAAUUGAACGGUAAACUUUGAUUCUUUAAA